AUGGCUCAUCGCAUCGUCACCCAAGUGAUCAUUACCGGAGCCCGAGUCUUCGGUCGCGCCUUUGCGGAAGCCUACAAGCAGGCCCAGGCUACUGGAAAGCAAGCUGGAGCCAAGGGCCGUGGUGGCUUUACCUCGUCAGGUCUGACCCUCGAUGAGGCCUGCAAGAUUCUCAAUGUCAAGCCUCCCGUCGCCGGAGAAGCCAGCCUCGAGCACACCAUGGAACGCUUCAAGAAGCUAUUCGAUCUGAACGACCCCCAGAAGGGCGGAAGCUUUUAUCUUCAGAGCAAAAUCCUCCGGGCACGCGAGCGGAUAGAAAUGGAGAUUCGCGAGGCGGAGCGCAAAAUGGCCCAGGAGAAGGAGGUUCGCGAAGGCUGGAACCCCAAGGUUUACAAGGACCGGUGA